AAAAAAUUACAAAAAUGCCACUUAAGUUAAAAAAUGUUUAAGAAAUGUAAAUGGCACUUAAUAACAUUGUUAUCGCUUAAUGACAUUAUUAUCGGAAUUAUAUAUAUAUUGAAUUUUCAGAGGCUUUAUGGUAGUAUAUUCGAAUUCAAACACGAUACCUUCUCUCUAAAAACUCUCUAGAAACAAUACGUAAAGUUAAACAAGCUAGUACUCUAGAUCGAACAUCAAUGGCAUACCAAGACGUGCAUGAUAACGAUCCGGACUUUGAAAAUUUAGGAGAUAAUAUAGAUUAUUCUGAUAGAUUUGUUACCGAUAGAGAAUUUGAUUCUGUAGAUGAUUUACAUACUUGGGCUAAUGAGAUAGCACUAACAAUUGGAUUUCAAUUUACACGUGCUUCAUAUAAAAAAAAAGAAGGGCGUUCUAGAGUGAGUCUGUACUUAAGAUGUCACCGUUACGAUAAAAGAAGUGUUGAUUUGCAUAACUUAGACAAUGCUCCCCGACCAGGUUCCAAAAGUAGGGGUUGUGGGUGUAAAUUUAUGAUUUUAGGAACUAGUCGUAACCCAAAGGAAAGACCUUGGACGGUUAGAGUGUUUCCUGGUGAAAAAGGAAUACAUAACCAUCCGUUCUUCAUGUACGUAGAUGGUCAAAUAAGAGUAAAUAGGAUGACUGUGGAUAUCAGGCAGCACAUACGAGAUCUAAGUGCAACUGGCAUGCAACCAGCAUUUAUAAUGUCUUCAAUUAGAAGAAAUUUUCCUCGUUUUUAUGCUAGUAUGAAUCAAAUUUACAAUGAGAGACAGUCAAUGAGGAGAGAAGAGAUGGAUGGUAGGACUCCUCUUCAACACUGUUUGUAUAUGGCCACGGAGCAUAAUUAUGUAAAGAACAGGGGGAAUGCAUGGCAUUUAGAAAGACAAUAUCGUAAUAUGAUAUCACUUUGGAGUAGAAUGUGCAACAUACAACGACAACAGCAUAAUAACACCGCUGGAGACGCGGUGAAUUUAGAUUCUCCAUAG